AUGGCCGAUCCCAUAAGGGACGCGUCUCGACCCUCUUCAUCAACAACCUUUAGAGACUCUCACCAACUUCAAAACCCUUCUCCUCUCGCUGCUUCUUCUUCGGCUUCAACAUCAUCACCUCCAGCUCCUAAACGACGCCGUAUUUCCAGAGCUUGUCUCCAAUGUCGUACCCGCAAAAUUAAGUGUAAUGGAAAAGAACCUGCCUGUGCAAACUGUGCGGCCUCAGGUCAAACAUGUACUUAUACUGAAUCCAAACGUCGUGGACUUCCUCCAGGAUAUGUUAUGCAACUAGAAACAUAUAUUCGCGCUUUAGAAAUUCUUCUCGGGUCCUCUCUUCAAGAAACUCCAGAUGUAGCUCUUGCUCUUUCUUCUCUUGUGAAAAAACUGACAAAUGCACGAGUGUCUUCUUCUUCUUCUUCAACAUUAAAUGAAUCUACAGAUACCCUUAACGAAGACUCUAGGAUUGGUGGUGGUGGAAAUACUUUAACCAACAUUGGUGACCAAAAUGGCGACAUUAUUAAUAAUGAUGAUAAACCAUCUUCUUCUUCUUCUUCUUCUUCUUCUUCUUCUUCUUCUUCUUCUUCUUCGAGUUCUUCCGACCUAGAUGCUUACAAAAAUAAAUGGCACCAGUCACAGCUUCAUUCAGAAAUUAAAGCAUUUGCUGCUUCACUUCCAGCUUUCCCAGGAACUUCAAACAUUGGGUCUCAUUCCUUCCUUGCAUCUCCACCUGUAACCACACCUGUAACCACACCUGCUGCUGUUUCUGUUGCUACUGCUGCUAUAAUAGCAACAACUCUAUCAAAUUCUUCAACAGCUGCUGCUACAGCCGCAACAACACCAACUUCAGGAACUGUUUCUCCAACUCCAAACCCACAACCCCCACCGCCAUUAUUAUCAUCAUCAUCAUCAGAUUCUUCUCUUCUAAAACAUGUCGUUCUUUCAACUUCUUCUGCUCCAUUUCUCUCAGAAGUUUCCAUCUACCCUGUUCACGAAAACUCCCCAACCCCUGGCUCAACAGGCUUUCUUGCAGGAACUCUUUUGGCCUUCCCGCGUGCAGUUCAAGCACUUUCCCCACAUAGUCCUUUACAACUUAUUAAUAUCUGGAUUCGAAAUACCCCCUUUGAAAUAAAAAUGACUGCUGUCAAUACUUAUAUUCGAGCCAUUCACUCUUGGUUACCUCUUUGUGACCCACAAACACUUUUUCUAUUAACUCGCAUCACUUCUUCUCAACAACGACAAAAAUCACUAAAAGAAGAACAUUUGGCUCAAGCUUCUCCAUCAGAUUUAUUCUUACUUGCCGCUAUUUUGGCUUUUCACCAGGGGUCUUCUGCAAAUAAUAAUAAUAAUGAUAAUAGCAAUAAUAGCAAUAAUAGCAAUAAUAACAAUAAUAGCAACAGCAAUAAUAAUAAUAAUAAUAAUAAUGACAAUAAUAAUAAUAAUGACAAAAUCCCGUCAUUCCUUCAAGUCCUCUCAAUAAUUGCUUCACCUCUGGCCAUAGGAGACUCAUCUGCUCUCACCCGCGCUGCACAACUCUCUAAUAUUCACUCACACAUUAUCUUUACCUUAGGCCUUGUUGCCCGAGGCCUUUUUGAUGACGCCUGGGCCAUUUGUGGACUCGCUGUGCGUGCCACAUAUGUCUUGGGAUUAAAUUCUUACCCUGGAUCCUACAUUGAAAAACGCACUUGGUAUGCCAUCUGUAUCAUUGAUACCUUACUGGCAGCUGCUUGUGGCCGCAUUCCACAUAUAUCUGACUCUGGGUUUGGAGUCUCCCUACUUAUUAAACCCGACGACGAUGGGGGCUUCCAAGAUACUCAAGCUCCAGACACAUCAACUUACAAUGCCCUCUUCUCGCUUAUUCGCAUUCUCAACAAUAUCCUCUUUCUUAAAAACUCAACAACAAAUGGCAAAACCACAGAAACAUUUGCCCUCGCUAUGAUACCCGCAUGGAUUGAAAGCUAUGGCUCACUCCUUACAAAGGACACUACAAGUGACUACCCAAGCCUGCUUUUCCAACUCCGCCUUGUUUUCGUCGUCAACUUUGAGCUUCUAGGUAACGUUCUUCACACUCACACCUACCUCCACUUUGACAGCAUCGAAGAAUACAUCUUGGCUCAAAUCACUGCCUUUGAUGAUGCACACGCCUCUACAGUCCCCUUUUUAGGGUUUUAUCUUUUCAAAAUCACACAGAGCAGUCUCACAGAUAUUGAAAAUGAGCUCACCAGUAUAAUGCCUUUGAGUUAUGGAGUCUUUGGCCAUGACUUAUACUAUUCCCAGGAGAAAAAAUCUCUCCAGCUUUCGAAACGUGUUGCUUUCUUGCAUCGCAUAUUAGAGUUCCAAACAGCAACAGUAUUGCUCGAUGCACCGCAGCGUGUUGAACCACAACUCCUUAACAUGCUCAAAACACGACUGGAUGCUAUUGAUGCUAAAGUCAUGGGGCUAACACGAGGAGAGGAACUAAAUAGGGCUAUAGGCGUUUUGGAGCCUGAAAAGAAUAUCAAUAGAGUGAUGUAUGGGAUGGAGGAUUUCCAACAGCAGCAGCAGCAGCAGCAGCAGCAGCAAAAACAAUUUCUACAACCUCCUAAACUUGAUCCUAAACUGUUAAAUGUCUCUAUGAUGUCUUCACCAUCACCAUACAAUCAAUUGGGUGCACAGCAACCGUACCAAUUCCCUCUAUCCCAAUCUGCUCAGCAAUCUUUUUUGAUGCAACAACCUCAACCUCAACCUCAACUGCAACAACCAAACCCAUCUUCUACUUCACAGUUUCUUUAUCCUGCUACCACUACCACAUCUACCAGUAACCCAAACACCACCACUUCUUCUUCUUCUACCACUACUACUAAUACAAUCACUGGUGGUAGUGGUCCAGCCCCUACACUUCAAAAGCUCAACACUGUUUACCCAGUAACCAGCACAUCCCAGAACCCCAUGGUACAUGCGUUUGCUGCUACAAGUGCACUACCUCCAGGCCCAUAUCAACCACCACAGCAUCUAACAACAACGACAACAUCAUCAUCAAAUGCAGUCGAUACGCUACACAUGUCUACCACAGCAGUCUCAAAGAGUAUGGUUAUACCUUCAACAGCCACAGUAAUGGGCAACGGGUCCACAGGAUUUGCAACUACAGGGAUGGUAGUGGAACCUAUUUCGAUGGCAGGCAUGGAAACUGCAAUGGAUCCUGUGCCAGAGUUUCUACAGAACCUUGGGGUGUUGACAGAUUAA